AUGAUAUCUGAGAUGAAGACGAAACGUCGACACUUGGUGAAUGAAACACAACGGAUAAACACCUGGAAAAGCAACUUGAAAUUAGGAUUAGGUCCUCCGACUAGGAUAAUAUUUCAUACCCGCUUUUUUUGUUGUUGCAGGGCUGUGACGGACCCUAGGGAUGGCAGGAGGGUAGCGCUGAAGAAGUUACCGAACGUGUUUCAGUCAGUGGUGUCGUCCAAAAGGGUGUUCAGGGAAUUGAAAAUGUUGUGUUUUUUCAAACACGAAAAUGUUCUCUCCGCCUUAGAUAUACUCCAACCUCCACAUCUGGACUUCUUUCAAGAAAUAUAUGUUAUCACAGAGUUGCUCCAGAGCGAUUUACACAAAAUUAUAGUUUCACAUCAACCACUAUCACCGGACCAUAUAAAAGUUUUCUUAUACCAGAUACUUAGAGGAUUAAAAUAUUUACAUUCAGCUAGAAUAUUACAUAGGGACAUCAAACCUGGAAAUCUACUAGUAAACGACAACUGUAUUCUAAAGAUCUGUGAUUUUGGCUUAGCGAGAGUCAAAGAACCCGACACAAGCAAACACAUGACGCAAGAAGUAGUGACGCAAUAUUAUCGAGCGCCAGAGAUCCUGAUGGGGGCCAAACACUAUACGACCGCCGUUGACGUAUGGUCAGUGGGUUGUAUAUUCGGAGAAUUGCUAGGAAGAAGGAUACUUUUCCAGGCCCAAAAUCCCAUUCAGCAACUAGAACUCAUUACGGAACUGUUGGGCACGCCAUCUUUGGAAGACAUGAAAUAUGCUUGCGAAGGUGCGAAAACACAUAUGCUGAGCAGGGCUCCCAAACCUCAAUCUUUGUCUGCCUUGUAUACUCUAUCUUCUCAGGCUACACACGAAGUUGUUCAUUUGAUGUGUCAGAUGUUGGUCUAUGAUCCGGAUAAACGUAUAUCGGUGGUAGACGCCCUAGCACACCCCUAUUUGGAUGAAGGUAGGUUAAGGUACCAUUCCUGUAUGUGCAAAUGUUGCUACACAGCUCCAAGCGGGAUGAGGCAAUACACUCAAGAUUUCGAAAGUACAGCUCCACAACCUUUUGAUGACCAUUGGGAAAAGAAACUCACCUCUGUGCAGCAAGUUAAAGAGGAGAUGCAUAAAUUCAUAGCGGAGCAGCUGAACACGAGUCGGGUUCCUCUGUGCAUAAACCCCCAAUCUGCGGCGUUCAAGAGUUUCGCCAGUUCUACAGUCGCCCAUCCCUCGAUGCUACCCCCUUCCCCCCACCAAUGGGAGUCUCCUAGGGCGUUGCAGCGGAGAUAACAACAACGCCCUCUCUUGUACAUUGCUCCAUUUUGUGUCUCUCUAAUCACUAUGAAAUGAACUUUUAUUAGCAACUAAGUAAAACCUCUACACCAAAUAUGAAUCAGGGAUUCUAUGCAAUGCAACCGAGGAAGGAAGCAACGUUUCGGACAAUUCGCGCUGCAAAACGUUCGUUAUAGUGUGUGUUUCGUGUAUAUUUAGUCGCAAAGAGUGUGAUUUUACCUAAUUAAUUGAUUGAUUACCAAGUAGAUCUGCCUAUCUGGAUAGAGAGUCGCGUGGUUUUUGACGGGUUUGCCAAAAAAAAAACGCUCUGUUUACUCUGGAACGAUUUGUGAAGUAUCAGUGCAGCUAAUAGAAAAAUCUGGGCCCCAGAUUGGGCGCCAAAAUAAAAUUGUUAAUUCCUGAUGAUCUGAUAUUUCACAACUUGUUUACCGAUCACAAAAUAUCUAAGCCCCGAUCCAUUCGAAAUCAAAACCACCGUCGGAUCGAAAUUUUCAAAAUGUCGACUCUAUUUCAGUUUCUGUACAAAGCACGCCUAUGUCUCUGUAUUGUAAAUAACUCUGUGUUUGGAAAAGUUGAAAACAACUACGAGUCGCCCUGCAGACUCCGUGUACAGAUAUCACUGCCUUGAUUAGUUUAGUGAAAUUAGUAUAUUUAGUUGUAUAAGACUGGCAGUUUUUCUUUAUCGAGGCAAUUGAGGCAGUCUUUCAGUGUCAUCAAUUCAAUCGAAACUGAUGGAUUGAACCGUUAGAUCGAAACUGAUGAAUGUAUGAUUCUCCCCCCUCCACUUUCGGUCCUGGUAUUUCCAGAUUUAGACGAACCGAAUAGUUAGCUCUAUUAACUCCACUCUUAAACGCCUGCCAUUCGAUUAGAUCUUCCUGUUGAAACUUAUGAUUUUUCUGCAAUUCUAUAAUUACUGAAUACUAAAAAUGGUGCUGUGAUAAAUAUAGGAAAAUAGUUGAACUAAAACUCGGUUUCCUUUCUGAUUCUUGAUGAGGCGAUCGAAUCGAAUAGCAGAGAUUAGUUUUUUACUGAUGGACAAUUUUUUUAAGACAUUGAUGCACUGCCGUUAUCUUGGAGAGAUUUGGUGUGGAUAAGAUUGUGGUUAGCUUGCCUAUUCGGAAUAGUCAGUUGAACAAUUUUUUGAACACUCAACGCAGGAAAAUUAUUUAGGUACAGGUGUCUAGAAGGUAGUAUCCAGCCGCCGGUGGCCACUUGGACUACGUGACAGCUGCUUGGCUGGUCCAGCCUGUAUUGUUGAACUGCCGGCACUUUUCAGGCGAUUCCUAAUUGACAACAAUGAUAUUUGACAUGUGAUCACUGUAAUUGAAAAACUUGAAAUUCUAUUGUGUAAGUAAAAUGAUUGAGUGUUUUGGUCAUAUAACAUGGAUAUCUAAUGUAUGUUGAAUUGAUAUUGUUCAUCUCACACAAUUAGUACUUCAACUAAAGGCAAUAAGCACAUUAAUAGUUGGCAUUUGUAUAUAUUUGUAGUAGCAACACAAAUCAUAGUGAAUCAAUAUUUUUCAGAUUACUAUUAUCAAAGGUAACUUCACAUGCAAUAUAAAAUUUUAAAAAGUUCAAUUGUGAAUACAUCUUUUUUGAUAUCAGUAUAGCCAACCAGGAAACUGUCUAAAACAUUUAUGACCAUUUUCAUGGAAUAUGAUCAAUUCACGUAGUUGGUUAUACAUGUUUUCGGCGUUUUAUGAUUGGCAACACUGAUAUUUGACAUAUAAAGCUGUGAAGAAGAAUGUAAUUGUGAAUAUAAUGGAAAAAUUUCAAAUUUUGCCGCUUUUGAUGAAAUAAAGCAGUGUUGAGUCAUGUAAUACCUAUGUCUAUUGCAGGUGAAGUUGAUUUGGAUAUUGCUAUUAAUUUUUAUCAAGUAAGGGGUCAGUGAAUUGAUAAAUUGAAUAUUACGUCAUAUGUCAGUGUUGCCAAUUGUGAAAUGCCUUAAACAACUAACUAGCAAACAAAAAGCGUGAGUAAAAAAUAAUACACACCCUAAUAAAACAAAUGACAUGAAAUUUUCCAAAAUGUCAAUAACUCUUUAGGUACAUGAAUGAGCCUGAGUAUAUUAAAAUUGUUCAAGGAUCCACUGAUGUGGAAAGUUCGAUACUUUUUAGGUGGAAUAAUGAAAAAUGUGUAAAAAUGUUAGUUGAAAGAAUGAGUUGAAAAAUGAGUCUCACACCCACAAAAUCUAACUCGACCGAUUCUCUCCAAGUACAAAAUUUGCCAAAACCUUGGUAGUCGUAUUUUCGUUCAAGACUAAGGUAAAGACUGUGAAUACUAGCAACAUAACCUUACUUUUGGAGCAGCUCUAUAUAGGUCCAUUUUAGCGGAGUUAACGUUACGUGGUGAGCCAGCCACGAUAUGUAGAUGUCUUAGUGUCAUUCGGUGUGGAUAUUAUGUGUGCAAUUGAGAAUAUAGAGACUGUUGAAACAAUGAUUGAUUGUUUAUAUUCGAGUAUAUUAAUGUCUGUAAGUAGUGAAUUUUUUUUAUCGAUAUGUAAAUAAUUUUUAAACGUGUAAUGUCAUUAAUUUAGUGAAUUUUAUGUAGGGUUUUUCAUUAGCGAAUAUGAUUUUCUUGAAUUUCUGAACGCAGUCUUCAUUUGCAUUUUUCAUGUAGUGAAAUAUAGCCAAAAUUAGAUAAUCAAAAAAACCGUUGAAAAAAAUUUGAACUGAAGUAGAGUUGGAAAACAAUGGAACUGAUGAAAAAUCAUAAAAAAAAUUAGACCGUUUUUUCUGAGGCUUUGAUACAAAUUUUGUUACAGGAAAGAAAAAAAUUUUUGAAGAAAAUUAAAUAAGAAAAAUUUGGAAAAACGACAGUUGAAAAAAUGUAAUAACACUAAAAAACAUCUAUUCUAGUACCUCUAUAGUAAUGAAAAAAAACUCUUACUUAUUAUUUGAAAUUAUGAACUGUCACUAAUUCCUUUUGAUUUCUGACAGAGAUAAUGCAAAUGAAGGUUUUACUGUUCAGUUCGGUAUCGAAUUUGUACAUAAUUGAGUAUGUUUUUCACUCAUUUUUUACUAGAUUAACUCCUCCUUUUCAACUUUAUUUUCAUAUCAAAAUUGCCUCCUAAUGCUCGCACAUCAGAUUUUUUGUCGAAUGUGCGAGUAUUAUCUAUGCUUUUAUUGUGUUUCCAAUUUUUAAGAUUUUUGUAUUUAUAUUCCAAUGAUUUUUCCAGAGAUCUCACUGAUGAAUGUAAAUAAAAUGAAAUGUAUUCAUAACUUUUUUUCAAUUAAUGGUCAGUCUAUGUUAACUUUAGUAUACUCUGAUAUGAAAAAAAUAAACAAACUCUCAAUAUACAA